AUGGCAUUUGAAAAUUUGAUUCAAACUCUGUGCUACUUAUAUUUGUUAAAGUUAAUACAUUCAGCUAACUCUCCGCCAGGCGUUUCCACAACGAUGAAUUUAUUAGGGCAACUGAAUAUUAUUACAGCUCAAAUGAACAAUGGGAGUAUAACUAACGUCAAACCUGGCAACUUGAUACGGAGUAAUAUUAUUAUGGAUAUUGCUAUUAAAAGAAUUAAGAAUGGGACACCAUCUGCUCAGCUACCAUUAAUUGAAGAUAAUUUCUUUCAAACCACCAGUAAUAUCCUAGCGGAGUCCAAUAUUCAAUCUUGGAAACGAACAGCCAUAAAACAUUUACGCCAAGUUAUUGACAACUUGAAUACAUUUUGCUUUGAUCUACUGGAUAAAAGCAGUGAAACGAUUACCACCAAGACAUUAAAUGUUGGUAACAAGGUUAAAGUAACAACGUAUCAGUUUAAAACGCUGGGAAUAAUCCUCAGCCAGCUAGUUACGAGUUCAACAUGGAGACAGAAUACUGUAGCAAAAGUUGUAUCUGCAACUAUCAGUGGUAGUCCGUCAAACGACCUCGAAUUGCCUGUUACCAUUACCUUUAAACUGAAUAAUCAGCUUAGUGCUAGCAAUCAAGGUUCUCCUAUCUGCGUUUAUUGGAACACUAGUGCAAGUGUUGAUAAUAUUUGGUCUCCAUCGGGUUGCAAUGCUUCCGAAUAUAAUCAAAGUCAUGUGGUCUGCCAAUGUGAUCAUUUAACUAGUUUUUCGGUAUUAUUGCAGCCUUUACCAGUAAUUAAUUCCGUUCGAAGCGUUAGAAUCUCGAGCUAUAUUGGGAGUGCAAUAUCAAUUACAUGGCUUGUAAUCACGUUAAUAUGCUAUUCAAUAUUAUGGAAGAAAACAUUUAGAAUUGGUAUUAUCAUAUCCCAUACUAGCAUAGCUAUAUCACUUUUACUACUCAAUACUAUGAUGGUGAUAGGAAUUGAUAAGGAAUUAGUUCGUCAUAGUAGGGUUGGAUGUGUUAUUAUUGGGGCAAUUUUACAUUACUUUGUUAUUUACACUUUUUGUUGGAUGCUAACUGAAAGUAUCAUCAUCUACAUUACUUUGAAAAAACUAACAUUGAAACCAAUUAAGGUUCAUUGGUAUUUUCUAGCCAACAUAGGGCUCGUUCCAUUUGUUGUAGUUGGUACUACUAUGGCGAUUCUAGGAGAUUCAGCUUAUGGUGAUGGUGCGACAAAUGCAAAUUGCUGGAUGAAUACCGAUGGUAAUUAUAGUAUAUUUGCACUUGCUGCUCCAGGGGUAGUAAUUAUAAUGAUUAUUAUCAUUUACAUGAGCUUAACUUUGAAAUCACUACUUACUCUGGACUCCUUUCUCGCAACUAAGAACGAGAAAAAUAAAGUCAAAGCAUCGCUCAGAGCUCUUGCAGUCUUAUUGCCAUUACUUGGAAUUGGGUGGCUUGGUGGACCGUUAGCAUUCAGUGGAGCUACGACUGAUAUAGCAGCUAUUAUUUUUGCUGUUAUAACUGCAUCGCAGGGAAUACUGGUAUUUAUCCUGCACGUAGUUCUUGAUCCACGGGUAUUUAUGUUUUUAAUGUUAUAUGCAUAG